CAACACAUCACAAGGACAUAUGCAGCCACGCGCUUUAUUAUAACCCCUGCUAUUCUCACAUCCGGGAUAUGAAACAUGAGCAAAGACGUGGAAUGUUACAUUUUUUUCCCCUCUCGCUCUCUCUCUCCCUUUCUCUCUCUCUCAGGCGCCGUAAUGAUGGAGUAAAAAGCAUCAUGAUUGGUGGAUGCAGGCGAGAAGAAACAUAAAACCAACAACGUAGCUUUUUGCACUCCGGACGCGACGCGACAAACGCGGAAUGAAUCCAGCGCGUGCUUUCGGUCACCGACGCAGACACAAAGAACAAGAAAAGAUGAAAAUACAAAAGAAGGACAAGCAGAUGUCUGCAUCCUAUGUACUAAAGCACACUCCAUCCGCUGCUGCCUCGAAUGCCUCUGACCAAAACGCACAAACUACAUUUCCCAUCGGCCACUUGGGCAAAGAACAACUACGAAUCAUCGGUGGGCCGCCCAAUCACUGCAUGGCUCACCCAAAGCACUCUGGGCCUGCGGUCAGCAGCCACAGUCUCCGGCCUUCAAUGAUAAACAACGAGGAGGAUGAUGGAGGGGGCGGGACCAAGGUGAAGAAGAAACGGAGGAAAAAAGACAAGAAAGAAUCAGAGUGGUACGAAGAUGGACAGAGCAACGCCAAACCAAAGAGAAGGGAGCAAAAGGAAGGGAAGGAGAUUCUUCCAAGAAAGACGAAGGCAGCAAAGGAACAAAAGGAUCAAAAGAAGAGGGAUGCAAAAGCCCAAAAAGAGGUCAAAAAGGUCAAGAAAGGUCAAGAUGUGAAGGUGAAAACGCUGACUAAAAACAGUGCGACACACACGCCCUCCAAAAGAGGGAGGAAGCCAAAAGAGCAGGGUGCCAUGCCUCCGGAGAAGAAGAAGAAGGGGAAGAGGAAAAGUGAUGCAGUGCUGGAGAUGGUGGAGAGUGAUGACACAGCCUCUCUCAGCACGCUCGCCACCGGCGGGGAGGAAAGCACCGACCCUAUGGAUAACACUAAGAGGAGAUCAGGGCGUCAAGUGAAGCGGCGGAAAUAUAAUGAAGAUCUUGAUUUCAAGGUGGUGGACGAUGACGGGGAGACCAUUGCUGUGUUGGGCUCAGGCCGAAUUGCCGCCAUGUCUUCCUCCACCCUCGCUUGGCAGGCUGAGGAACCCCCUGAAGACGAGGCUAAUAUCAUUGAGAAAAUCCUCUCAGUGCGAACGGUCAACAAAGAGAUGUCCCCCGAUGAACCACCUGAAGAGAUGGAGGAGUUCUACGUAAAGUACAGAAAUUUCUCCUAUCUGCACUGUAAAUGGGCGACCUUGGAAGAGCUGGAGAAGGACCCACGCAUUCACCAAAAAAUCAAGCGCUUCAGAAACAAGCAGGCACAAAUGAAGCACAUUUUCACCGAGCCGGAUGAAGACCUUUUCAAUCCAGAUUAUAUUGAGGUUGAUCGGGUUUUAGAGAUUGCUAUCACCACAGAUACAGAAACGGGAGAGGAAGUUACACACUACCUAGUGAAAUGGUGCUCUUUGUCAUAUGAAGAGAGCACUUGGGAGCUUCAGGAAGAUGUCGACCCUGUAAAAAUCAAAGAGUUUGAAGAGCUCAAGAAAAUUCCUGAAAUGAAGCAUGUGGAAAGGCCUUUGCCAGAACAGUGGCAGAAACUGGAGAAAUCCAGAGAGUACAGGAAUGGGAAUCAGCUCCGAGAAUACCAGUUAGAGGGAAUGAACUGGCUGCUUUUCAACUGGUACAACAGGAAAAACUGCAUUUUGGCUGAUGAGAUGGGGCUGGGAAAAACCAUCCAGUCCAUCACGUUCCUCUAUGAGAUUUUCCUCAUGGGUCUCCGAGGGCCUUUCCUCAUCAUCGCCCCUCUGUCCACCAUCACCAACUGGGAGAGAGAGUUUCGCAACUGGACUGAAAUGAACGUCAUUGUCUAUCACGGCAGCCAGAUCAGCCGGCAGAUGAUCCUGCAGUACGAGAUGUACCACCGAGAUGAGCAGGGAAACAUCAUGUCUGGCGAGUUUAAGUUUCAAGGUGUGAUCACUACAUUUGAAAUGAUAAUGGCUGACUGUCCGGAGCUGAAGAAGAUUAACUGGCGCUGUGUUGUGAUCGACGAGGCUCAUCGUCUGAAAAACCGCAACUGUAAACUGCUGGAGGGACUCAAACUCAUGAACCUGGAACAUAAAGUCCUUCUCACCGGAACGCCGUUGCAGAACUCAGUUGAGGAACUUUUUAGUCUGCUGAACUUUCUCGAACCCUCACAGUUCCCUUCUGAAACCACUUUCCUGGAGGAGUUUGGAGACCUGAAGACGGAGGAGCAGGUAAAGAAACUGCAAGCCAUUCUGAAGCCCAUGAUGUUGCGGAGACUGAAGGAUGACGUGGAGAAGAAUCUGGCCCCUAAAGAGGAGACAAUCAUCGAGGUGGAGCUCACUAACAUCCAGAAGAAGUAUUACCGUGCCAUUCUGGAGAAAAACUUUGCCUUCCUCGCCAAGGGGGCAAACCAGCACAACAUGCCCAAUCUCAUCAACACCAUGAUGGAGCUUCGCAAGUGCUGCAAUCACCCAUACCUCAUUACAGGUGCUGAAGAAAAGAUCCUUGAGAGCUUCAGGAAAACCUACAGUUCGGAUGCUGCAGAUUUUCAGCUGCAGGCAAUGAUUCAGGCCGCUGGUAAACUAGUGCUUAUCGACAAGUUACUGCCCAAACUGCUGGCCGGAGGACAUAAAGUGCUGGUGUUUUCCCAGAUGGUCCGAUGCCUGGAUAUACUGGAGGACUACCUCAUUCAGAGGAGGUACACGUACGAACGCAUCGAUGGUAGAGUCAGAGGGAAUUUACGGCAGGCUGCCAUCGAUCGCUUCAGUAAGGUGGACUCAGACCGCUUCGUGUUUCUCCUCUGCACACGAGCAGGAGGUCUGGGCAUCAACCUGACCGCUGCCGACACCUGCAUCAUAUUUGACUCAGACUGGAACCCGCAGAACGACUUGCAGGCUCAAGCUCGCUGCCACCGGAUUGGUCAAAGCAAAGCGGUGAAAGUGUAUCGACUUAUAACUCGAAACUCUUAUGAGAGGGAGAUGUUUGACAAGGCCAGUCUGAAACUGGGACUGGACAAAGCUGUUCUGCAGGACAUCAAUCGCAAGGGCAGUCUCAAUGGGGUUCAGCAACUCUCCAAGAUGGAGGUGGAAGAUCUUCUCAGGAAGGGAGCGUAUGGCGCGCUCAUGGAUGAGGAAGAUGAGGGCUCGAAAUUUUGUGAAGAGGAUAUUGAUCAGAUCCUGCAGCGGCGCACACAGACCAUCACAAUCCAGUCCGAGGGCAAAGGAUCAACUUUUGCCAAGGCUAGCUUUGUGUCUUCAGGGAACCGCACCGACAUCUCUCUGGAUGAUCCAAACUUCUGGCAAAAGUGGGCCAAAAUUGCUGAACUGGAAAUUGACUCCAAGGCAGAAAAGGAGAGUCUGGUGAUCGACACUCCUCGCGUACGGAAACAGACGCGUCACUAUAAUUCGUUCGAGGAUGACGAACUGAUGGAGUUCUCUGAGCUGGACAGUGACUCAGAGGAACGGCCCUGUCGCACAAGACGUCUCAGCGAUCGCAACAGACGCUACCUCCGAGCAGAGUGUUUCAGAGUGGAGAAAAACCUGCUCAUUUUUGGGUGGGGUCGCUGGAAGGAUAUCCUCAAUCAUGGGCGUUUUAAAUGGCACCUGGCUGAGCGAGACAUGGAGGUGUUGUGCAGGGCUCUGCUGGUAUACUGUGUGCGGCAUUAUAAAGGAGAUGACAAAAUUAAGAGCUUCAUCUGGGAUCUGAUCACACCCACCGAAGACGGACACAAUCAAGCUCUUCAAAACCACUCAGGUCUGUCUGCUCCAGUCCCGCGGGGUCGCAAAGGCAAGAAGCUGAAAAACCAGUUGAGUCCACCUGAGCUGAAAAAUGCAGACUGGCUGGCCCACUGUAACCCGGAGGUUGUGCUUCAAGAUGACAGCUACAAGAAACACCUCAAACAACACUGCAACAAGGUGCUACUAAGGGUGCGGAUGCUGUACUAUCUGAAGGUGGAAGUGCUGGGAGACGCUGCUACUCAGGCUCUAGAAGGGAUCCCAGCCAGUAAACUGGAGGUAACUCUGCCUGAUAUCGACUACAUUGAGAUCCCCACGAUAUGGUGGGAUGCAGAGGCGGAUAAAUCGCUGCUUAUUGGAGUGCACAAACAUGGGUAUGAGCGGUAUAACGCCAUGCGUGCAGAUCCUGCUCUGUGUUUCCUGGAGCGGGUCGGUAUGCCUGAUGUCACUGCACUGACAGUAGAACAAAGUGGAGUAGAAACUCCUUCAGAUGCACCUGAUAGUAUAAGCAAGAGUGAUGAAAUCAAAGAGGAGAAUCAUAUGAAGUCUGAAGAAUUAGAAGAGAAAGUAGAGAUCAAGGAGGAACCCAUGUCAGAAGAAACAGCGAAAAAUGGCAAUAUGGUGACAGGUUGCUUUGUAGCAUCUCUCGCCGGCGACCUAACUGCAGAGUUGAUGGAGCAGGGGCGGAUACAGUGGCCGGCAGGCUCAGCUCUCACAGCACGUCUACGGCGUCUCAUUACUGCCUAUCAGCGUUACACGCGCCGUGAGCCGCUUCGCCAUGAUUUCCUCUUACAUGAGGGAAUUGCACCUGUGGCCUGGCAAAUUGGAGAAUUCAGGCAUUGCACAACUGAACCGGAUCCGCUCUUUUUGGAGUGGCAGAGAAGAUGGACACGUCGUGAGCAGGCUGACUUCUACCGUACAGUGUCCUCAUUUGGAGUAGUUUAUGACCCAGACAAGAAGAACUUUGACUGGAGCCAGUUUCGUGCUCUUGCUCGAUUGGAGAGGAAAACAGAUGAAAGCUUGGAGAGAUAUUUCCACAGCUUUGUUUCAAUGUGUCGCACUGCAUGUAGACUGCCACCAAGAAAAGAUGAAGGUAAUGUAGAUCCUUCAUUAUUUGUGGACCCCAUUACAGAAGAGCGAGCUGCCCGAACAUUAUACCGUAUUGAGCUUUUGAGAAAGGUCCGUGAGCAAGUAUUGCGCCACCCACUCCUGGGAGCACGACUGCAGCUUUGUCGCCCUAGUCUGUACUUGCCUGUCUGGUGGGAGUGUGGUAAACAUGACCGUGAUCUUCUCAUUGGUGUUGCCAAGCAUGGCUUGAGUCGAACUGACUUCUACAUUCUCAAUGACCCUCAAUUAUCUUUCCUGGAGGCCCACCGGAACUAUGUUCAUAAAGAAAACCACAGAUAUCCAGUCCCAGGAUUGCCCCACCAUCAUUGCUGCUUAUAUGAUGCCAACAUUGGACAUUGUCAGUCCCCACAACCUCCGGAGUAUCACCCCACGCCUGCACACCACACGCCAACACAGCUUGUCCAUACUCAUGGGCAUCACCAGUCCAAUGAAGCACCAGAGUCUGGAAGUUCCUUGGGGAUAGGUGCAGGAAACAGGGAGGGAUUUUUGGACUGCCCUCCAUUGGAUGACUCUCUAGAGUUGGGCUCUUUACAGCAUGAAGGCUUGACUACAGAUACACUGCAUGGCAAAUCUGGUAAAGAGGCCUUCAACGGAUUCCCAUUCAAUUCGGCAACUGGGGGGCAGAAUAUGCUAAAUUCAUACGGUGUGCAAGGGGAGCUCAAUGGGUCUCAAGGAGACAUGGCAGACUCCAUUGCUGGGAAACUUCGAAGUGAUGUUUUGGUGGGAGAACAAGGAUCCUCAGAGGAGACUGGGUUGAUGGCUCCUUCGGUGGAGCUAGAUGAACUUCAGACUCCAUGGGAGAGCUCAGAUCAUGCUGAAACCUCUGAUAUGUUCAAUGAGGCUGAUCCCAUCUUGGGAGCACAAGCUUUGGAACCAAGCUUUCUGGAUGCUCCUCAACCAGAAGAUGGACAAGAGGGAGAUGAAACACUAACCGACUGCUUGAGCAUGCCCAGUUCAGACUCUCAGAGCAACCCUGUCGAGCCACUGGCUCCGAGCUUCAUGUUGUUCAAAGACCUUAAUGUUGGAGAGACCUCUGUGGAUCAAACUGAUCUAUCAGCCAGUCUUCCGGAAUAUGUCCCACCACCACCUCUCGGACUCCCGGAUGUGAGUCUUGACCAGGCAGAUCCUCUUAGUGAGGAGCAAGAGGACAAGCUUAGCGAUUCCAACAUCACACCUUGUGUUCCUAGUCCAGAAGAAGAAGCAGAAAGUGUGAGGUUCAAUUUUGAGAAAGAUGACCUUUCUCCAGACAGUCAGAAAACAAAGGACACUCAAGAUGAUAUGCCUUUAAUAGAGUCUCCAAGUGAAAACUGUCUUGAGGAAUCUCAGAAAGAAGACUGCAGGGUGCCAUUUGAUGAUUCCAUUGAAAGAGAAUUGAAAGAUCCUUGUGAGAUGGCCUUGGAAGAACCUUACGAAAAGCCUCUAAGAGAGCCGGAAAAAGUGCCUUUAGAGGAGUCUUAUGAUUUGACUUGUGAUGAGACUCUGCAGGAACCUUGCGACGGGUUUCAGCAAGAUGCAGUGGAGCAGCAGCUGAUGGAAGAAUCUUCAGGAGAAACUUGCAAAGAACCAUCAGAGCCAAUUGAAGACUGCAAUCUAACCAACGCUACUCUCUCAGCAGAUUACCCUUUACCUCCCUCACUCCCGUCAUCUCCAACUACCUUACCUGACACCUCUGUAUCUCCUGGUCUUAACGUAGUCCCAAAACAAGAGUUCUUAUUGGAUCCAAUUGUGUCAGAAAUGAAGCCUGAGCCUGAUAGCACUACCCAGACCCCUCACCUUGAGCAAACCGAAGCUUUGGAAAUAAAGGACAAGAUAAAAGAAGAAAGUGCAAAGACACCAGUGUUAUUGGGAGAUGUUGAUUCACCACGCUUUGCGCUGCCCAUGUGUGAGAUGGCAGACAGUGUCCAUGAAAUAAGGGAACCCACCAUUGCUCAGCUUUUACAGGAGAAAGCACUCUUCUCCUUCUCAGAGUGGCCUAAGGACAGAGUGAUCAUCAACCGUAUUGACAGUAUCUGCCACACUAUCUUAAAGGGGAAGUGGCCUUCCUCUAGUCAACAAUUCGAGUCUCCCACUUCAUUGGCUAACACAUGCGUGCCCAGCAGUGCCCACCAGAGGGCAGGAUUUCUGCCUACCAGAAUGCCUAUAUCUCAGAGCCUUAACUUCAACCUCUCACACGCAGUUCCCCACAUACAAAAGCAGGAGCGGUUAGUGACCCCAACUUUUAUCCCUGAGCUCAAGCGUCCCAGACGUGGGUUUGAAUUUGAAGCAGAGGUCCUUGCCAAACCAAGCCAUCUUGGAGAUAAGAUCCAGGUUGGCGUCCCUCAUCGUGCCAGCGCUCUCCUCAUUAAUGGCUGGCAGGACGCUGCUAUUGACCUCUCGAAACCAGCAGAGCUAACAGUUGGUGGAGACAGUGGGCCAAUUGGUCACAUGAGCCACACAGUCCAGUCAGCGGCCCACAAGAUAACCGGGAUAGGCUCCAUACAGGGCUCACUGGGAUUGGAUAUGGCUGGCAUUUUGCAAGCUGGCCUGAUUCACCCGGUCACUGGGCAGAUUGUCAAUGGCAGUCUUCGUCGUGAUGAUUCGAUGUUGAGGCGGAGGAGAGGACGAAGAAGAAAUGUGGAGACUGCUGAUCUCAGCUUUAUAAAGGGACGAAGCAUCAACUUGCCUGAACAACAGAGCGGGUCAGAGAGUAUCAGCCACCCGGUUGUGUCCUCCACAUCCUCCCAGUCUGAAUGUCCUACAGCCACCCCGACUACACUUUCCAGUCACUCGACAACACCUUCUCCAGCUGCUGCAGCGGCCACAGAGACCCUCAGUGUGAGCGUGGACAGGGAAACAGCCAACAAAGGCCUGAUGGAAUGGCUCCGACAAAACCCCAACUAUAACAUGGAGCUUUCUGCUUUUCCAGCGUCUCAGAAUGCAGGCAUGUUGCACAGUUUUUUGGAUCGUCCGAAGCAGAGAAGGCAUCGCUGCAAAGACCCUAGUAAGCUGGAUGUGAACUCUUUAACUGGGGAGGAGAGAGUGCCAGUAGUGCACAGAAACACAGGCCGCAGGCUUGGAGGUGCUAUGGCUCCAGCCAUUAAAGAGCUCUCCCGAUGGCUGGAUGCAAACUCCGAAUACUCUGUGGCUCCUGAUUGGGCAGAUGUGGUAAAGCAUUCGGGUUUUCUACCGGAGGGCAAAUUCACGCGCAUCCUCUCUGGACCUGUGAGUCGGGAUCCUGGUCCAAGAAGAAGAGGCCGCCGCCCCCGAACUGAGAUGCCCAAAGCCCCUGAGCUCCCUGCGGGCAUGGGAUCGCUCUUCAUGAAUGGAGGUCUCAUUGGCAGCAUGGAUCUGGUUAGCCUACCCAAUCUCCGCAAUGUCCCUGGCAUCCCGUUAACCGGCAUCAUGGGCUUUCCUCACGGUUUCGCCACAGCCGUAUCAUCAGAUGAUGCCAAGAAUGGACUCAGCAUGCUGCCCAUGAUGCUCCACGGCAUGGCGACCGUGCAGCCACCCAUGUACAGCGCGCACAUGAGCGGGAUGAUCAGUCAACCGCUGUCAACAGCAACAUCCACGACGUCCACCGUAACCGCAUCCUCCACUACAGCGAUUGUGACUUCGACGAACUCCGCAACCGUAACCUCAACCUCUGUGGAUAGUUCAGAUACUGCGCCUCCACAGGAUAACGCAAGCUCUCCAGUGAGCUCAGAGAAAGGGAAUAAGGAGGACGCAAAGCAAGGAGGGGAAGAGAAUAAAACAUCAGCCUCAGUGUCAACGGCUGCCGCCACAAGCAGCAGUAAUAGUAGUAGCAUCACAAGCACCGGCAGCCAUUUGACCUUCAACCCCUUUCUAAUCCCAGGAAUGUCACAUAGUUUGUUGUAUCCGCAUAUGUUCUUGCCACCGGGCAGUAUAAUGGCACUACCCGCCAUGCCCGCAGCAGACAGCACAGGCAGCCCUAAGAGGAAGAGAAAGAAGGUUAGAGAGGAAGGACUGAUCGAAGGAAGCGGGAAUCUUGGCGCACAGAUUGACGGAGAGGAAUUGAAGGGGGUUAAAGAUGAACAGACGCCAGAACAGAAAAGCCAAGAGGCCAGAGUGGAAGAAAGUGGACCUGAUGUAGAUUUGGCUCCUACUAACCUUAUAAAGGCUCCGUCUGAGGAUAAAAGGACUGAGGAAAAUGACAAAAACGAGCAAGAUGCUCAAGGAGACUAGAAUGCCGCAGUACUUUUUGUGUGUGUGUGUGUGUGUGUCGUGUCGGUAAACGUUUGUGUAUAGGACUUUGAAUAUCAACGUAUUGUUUAUAGAUCUGCCCUUGUAAUUUCACUGACAUCUACUCGCUACCUUCUGGGUGUGUGCUAACGAAGUAGACACUUGCAAAGCAUGCAAACACUCAGAGAGAUCUCGAAUCCUACAAAGGGACAACAUCAUCAUUGGUGUUCCUUUUGCAUCAUGGGAAUGGAUACUCAGAUGCUUCUGUCUGUUAACGGAGAACACUCUUAGUGACCCCCCACCCACCCCCACGCCCUUGAUUAGGUGUUAUUCACUAGCAUCUUUCACCGAAUCUCAGAAAGUGGUAGGAUGUUGGUAUUGUGGAAACAAACAGAAAAAAAAUGAUGACAGUUUCACUUCAUAAUGGUGUUUGGAUCACGCUCUUAUAGUCGCGUAAGACCUAGAUUGGUGUUUUAAAAACAUUUCUCAGAAUAAUGUAAGGAAAGCACUCAUCCCAUUGGUAGAGCUGUAUCUAAUAUGUUCUCGACGGACCACAGUAUUUUUGUUCUUAGUUGCUUGCUGCUAUGUAUUCAUUUUAGUGGAGAUUUAACCGAAAGCUAUAGAUGUGCAACCUGGUGAGUGCAAUGGAAACUCGAAACGAGCAAGGCUUGAAGUUGUUGGCAAAGAACAAUCCUGAGAUUGAUUUAUUUUUGUUUUGUCCUGUUGUUUUUGGUAUUGUAUUUCCACAUUGUCACUUCGGCAAGAUGCCCUUGUUGGGAUACUAGUAAGUAAGCAGUUUUAAAGAUGACUUUAUAAACUUAAACUUUGCUGCAAGUGCAGAGAGUUCGUGCCAUAGAUAAGACUUGGUUACUCGGUUUGCAAAAGUAGCAAAAUAACUGAAAUUUUGUGACUUUAAAGGAACAAGUUCACCAAAAAAAAAAAAGUUCUGUCAUUAUUUAGCCAUCCUCAUGUCUUUCAAACCUGAAUGACUGACUAAAUCAAGUGAAACAUUAAAGCAGAAUGCUAAUUUUGCACCUUUUUUUUUAAAUAUAAAAGUAAAAACGGUUUUCAAUCUUCAAAAAAUGACCAUGCAACUACUCCAUAUGACCACUUUUCAUCAUGCAAAGCUAUAUUGUGACUUUAGAAAAAGUUGGCUCAUUGGCAAUAUGGAUCUGGUUUGCUCACCCAAUCUCCGCAGUGUCCCUGGCAUCCCAUUAAGCAGUAUCAUUGGGUUUCUUCACGUUUGAUGCCAAGAAUGGACUUCCAUAUUUACAACCUAAUUUAUUUGGGCUACGUUUGAAGUGUUCAAGUGCUUGAUAACUCUUCUGCUGUUUUCAAUUAUGUCUAAGAGCAGGAUGAAUCUUAUUUUUUUCCCAAAUGUCUUUUUUUCUUCAAUGAAGAAAAGAUAAUCAUUUGGGUUUGGAUAAACAUGAGGGUGACUUGAUGCCAGAAAGUUUGAUUUUAUAUGAAAUAUAUCCUCAAUCAGCCUCACGUCUUUCAAACCUGAAUGACUGACUAAAUCAAGUGAAACAUUAAAGCAGAAUGCUAAUAAGGCACUUUUGAUAAAAGUUUAAAGUAAAAACUGAUUUUCACGCUUUAAAAAUGACCACGCGGCUUCUCCAUAUGACCACUUUUCAUCAUGCAAAGCUAUAUUGUGACUUUAGAAAAAGCUGGCUCAUUGGCAGUAUGGAUCUGGUUAGCUCACCCAAUCUCCGCAGUGUCCUUGGCAUCCCAUUAAGCAGUAUCAUGGGGUUUCUUCACGUUUGAUGACCAGAAUAGACUUUCAUAUUUACAACCUAAUCUAUUUGGGCUACUUUAAGUGUUAAAGUCCUUGAUAACUCUUCUGCUAUUUUCUUUUAUGUCCAUGAGCAGCGUAAAUCUUCAAAAUGUUGUCUUUUUUGCUCCAAUGAGGAAAAAGAAAUCCUUUGGGUUUGGAUAAACAUGAGGGUGACUUGAUGCCAGGAAGUUUGAUUUUAUAUGACAUCUAUUGUCAAUCUCUUCAAAUCCCCAGUUGUCUGCAUUCUCUAAAGCCCUGUAGGUUGACAGGAAGACAUCAGUUGUUUUCUCUCAUGCAUUCGAAAAUACUGUUGAGUAAAUCCUACCGAGAUUUUUGCAAACAUGUAAAUCUAUCUAGCUGUAUAUUGCUGUUACUUUUGUUUACAAGCACACAUUAUUUUUUUCCUUGCCAGUAUGUCACAUAUUGGGGGGAAAAUGUAAAAAGAAUCAGCACUAAGUGUUUCAUUUGUUUGAAAUACUGUACACUAGUUGAUAACUAAGAGAUAAUUUAACUUGUGUAUUUCUCCCCCAAUUUUAACAGGGUCUCCCUUUUGUGGGAGUGUUCAUUUUCCACCUUCUCAUCUUACUUUCAGUUUUCAGAUGUGAAAACGAUUUUUGCACAGUCUUUUUUUGGUGAAUGUUUACUUGUAAUUGUGUUCUGUCUUGUUUAUGUGUGUUCGUGUGGACGCAUGCGCACACUCGCACAUGUCACUUCCUGUACAUUUUGACCUAUGUAAACCUGUACUGUAUAUUUCUCAUCUAAACAAAACAAACGAAAAAAAUCAUGGUCACCUUUAAAAAAAAACAUGCUGUUGUUGCCUUGUCACGCUAUUUGUGACACCAUGAUGUAAUUUAUUUUGCUUUUAUUUUGCUUUUAUUUGCCAAAUUCACCAAAUACCUAAUUCCCCUUUCUCUAACAUUUAUUUUAUUGAGUUCACUUUGCAAUGCCUUAUUUAGCGUUUUAUAUAUGGGUGUUUGUUACAUCUUUAUG